AUGGAUUAUGUGCUUCUAUCCGACGACGAGCAUAUUAAUAUGAGCUAUGAUAACAUUGGACUUACCGAGGCAGAAAGACUAGAAGUAGAAAAUGCUAAAAGGCUUUUACAAGUUAAAAAACUGUCACUCAUCUUGGAUUUGGAUCAAACAAUUGUUCACGCUUCCUGUGAUCCUCGCAUCAGCCAAUGGAAGAACCAAGAGAUCCGUCGAUUUACUUUACCAAGAAGCCCUAUUGUAUAUUAUAUCAAACUAAGACCGGGCCUUACUGAAUUUCUCAAGGAGAUCGACAAAUUGUACGAGUUACAUAUUUAUACUAUGGGAACUAAAGAUUAUGCAAAAGCUAUCACAAGAGAGAUUGAUCCAAAUGGAUAUCUAUUCAAGGAGCGAAUCUUAUCCAGAGAUGAAAGUGGCUGUUUGACACAAAAAAAACUUCAGAGAAUAUUCCCUUGUGACACUUCAAUGGUUGUUGUAUUAGACGACAGAUCUGAUGUUUGGAGUUAUUCACCCAACUUAGUUCGUAUCAAGCCAUAUGAAUACUUUGUAGGAACUGGUGAUAUUAAUAACCCAGCAAGGAAUAAGGAAGAAAAAAAGCAAGAGGUAACUCCUGAUGCAACGAUAGAAACAUCGGAGAAAGCAGAAGCGGUAGAAUCAGAAGAGACAACUGAGAAGGCAGAUAAUGAUGAUGCUAAUACGACUACUUCUCCUACUGCUGCUACCAUUGAUACUCCUGCCAUUACUACAGCUGAAGACAAACUUAAUGAAAGUAGAAAUGGAGACACAAAUAAUAAUAUAAAAGAGCGCAAGGAGGAAGAUCUCAGCAUAUAUGAUGAUGAAGAUGUAGAGUUGUAUACAAUGUUAAAUAUAUUAAAGGAGAUCCACAGACAGUUUUACAAGAAUCCAGACAAGGCAGAUGUUACCAAAAUCAUACCCUCCAUGAAAAGUAAAGUCUUAGAAAACUGUGUUAUUUCUUUUGCACCUGAUGUUAUACCUGUAUACCUCAAGGACCCUACACUUUCAUGGAUAUGGCAAAUGGCCACUUCCUUUGGUGCAACAUGUUCAACUGAUCUGACUGGCAAAACAACCCACUUGAUUGCUGUGAAAUGGGAUAGUAAGGUUAAAGCAGCCAAGGAAUACGGGCACUCAAAGAUUGUGACGCCUACUUGGUUACUUGAUAGUACAGCACGAUGGAAGAAACAAGAUGAAGAGAUGUAUGCCUUGCCAGAUGCAGAGUUAUCCGACAUUGAAAAUCCAGAUUCAAUUUCUUUAGAAGAUAACCUCUUUGACGAAAAGGAGGAAGAGCUAAUUGAAAAUGUAGAUUGGGACGAAGUAAGUAAAGAGGUAGACGAUUUUAUGAAUGAGAGUGGAAUUGAUGACGAUGGGGACACAACUGAUUCAGAAAGUACAACACUUACAUUAACAAUAAAAGAAGACAGCCCAACGGAUAAUCUACACAGAAAAUGGAAAAGAAAAAGAGAAGUAAAUAAAUCUUAUGAAAGCAGUAAUGAAGAUGAAGACAAAUCUAGACUAAAGAAGAGAGGAAAAUCACAGCUAUCCAAAGUUACUACACUAACAAAUGAUGACAAUAAGGAAGAAGAAGACGACCAUAAUAGUAGUGGCAAUAGUAGUAAUAGUAGUAAUAGUAGUAAUAGUAGUAAUAGUAGUAAUAGUAGUAGUAGUAGCAGCAGUAGCAGCAGCAGCAGUAGUAGUAGUAGUAAAAGUGGCGCUACUAACAAACAAAAUACUACUGAAAAUAGUAACAAUAAUAAUACUAGUACAGUGCAUGAGCAUAGUGGCAGUUCAAUAAAAGAUGACAUAGAGGAUGAUGUUACUACUGCUACUAGUGACGAUGACCUUGAUUCACUUGCUGGUAUACUUGACCAAGAGUUAGAAUAA